AUGGCCUCAACCAAAGACGAAGUUUCUCAGACGGUGGUUCCCUACAUUGAGAAGCUAUUCGAAAGGGAUGGGUACCUUCGACAGCACGAGUAUGAAAUUCGCCGACGCUACCGCGAGUUUAGCAACCUGCUCUCCGGCAUUGAGAAGGCUGAAGGCCUGGACGAUUUUGUGCACUCAUUCCGCCGAUUUGGAAUUCAUGUCUUGCCUGACAACUCGAUCAGCUGCAUUGAAUGGGCUCCCGGUGCAGAAGGACUCUACCUUCGAGGCGACUUCAACGACUGGGCCAAAGAGAGCUAUCCAUUCAAAAGGCUGGAGUUCGGCAAGUGGGAACUAACCAUUCCACCACUGGCUGAUGGUUCGCCUGCCAUUAAGCAUCUAUCCAAGGUCAAAUUGGUGGUGCGAACUAAAUCAGGCGAACUUGUCGAUCGACUGUCUCCUUGGGCUCCGUAUGUGGUUCAGCCUGACAAGUCUACAGGAGUGUUCAUUUAUGACCAGGUGAUUUGGAAUCCGCCGGAAAAGUAUGAGUUCAAAGUGCCCAAGCCACAACAGCCUCGAAGUUUGAGGAUCUACGAGUCGCACGUGGGAAUCGCCUCUCCGGAGUAUAAAAUUGCUUCCUAUCGAGAGUUUGCCGACAAUGUCAUCCCGCGAAUUAAACGCCAAGGAUACAAUGCCAUUCAACUGAUGGCCAUCAUGGAGCACGCCUACUACGCUUCAUUUGGAUACCAAGUGACAUCCUUCUUUGCGGCCUCGUCUCGCUAUGGCACUCCUGAUGACCUCAAAUACCUGGUCGAUGCUGCUCACAAGGCAGGCAUCUACGUUCUGCUCGACAUUGUCCAUUCACAUGCUUCGAAGAACGUCCUCGAUGGCCUCAAUCAAUUUGACGGAACUGACGCCUGCUUCUUCCACUCAGGCCCUCGAGGCAGCCACGAGCUUUGGGACUCUCGUCUAUUUGACUACUCCAACUGGGAAGUGCUGCGUUUCUUGCUUUCCAAUUUAAUUUGGUACCUGGAGGAGUAUAGAUUUGAUGGAUUUCGAUUUGACGGCGUCACCUCAAUGCUCUACCACUCUCACGGCCUCGGUCACGGCUUCUCCGGUGACUACAAUGAGUAUUUCGGCCUGAACACCGACACCCAGGCCUUCAACUACCUUCAACUGGCGAACCAUAUAGUCCACCAGUUUGCUCCCAAUGCAGUCACCAUCGCCGAGGACGUUAGCGGCAUGCCCGCUCUCUGUCGCCCAGUGGCAGAAGGCGGCGGCGGAUUUGACUUUCGCCUGGGAAUGGCCAUUCCUGACAUGUGGAUCAAGCUGCUGAAGGAGUGCAGCGAUGACAGCUGGGAAAUGGGACACAUCGUCCACACGCUGACCAACCGUCGGUGGAUGGAGGGCACUGUCGCCUACGCCGAGUCCCAUGACCAGGCGCUGGUUGGCGACAAAACCAUUGCCUUCUGGCUGAUGGACGCGGAGAUGUACAACUUCAUGUCGAAGCUUACCCCCAACACUCCGGUCAUCGAUCGUGGUAUUGCCAUGCACAAGCUCAUUCGCAUGAUUACGCACGGACUCGGCGGCGAGGCUUGGCUCAACUUUAUGGGCAAUGAAUUUGGCCACCCUGAAUGGCUGGAUUUUCCUCGUGCCGGCAAUAAUGACAGCUUCCACUACGCUCGACGACAGUUCAAUCUGGUGGACGACAAGCUGCUUCGAUACGAGUUUCUCAAUGAGUUUGACCGUGCACUGAAUGAGGCCGAGGAGAAGUACCACUGGCUUUCUUGCACUGACUCAGGCUACGUUUCCUGGAAGCACGAAUCAGACAAAGUGAUCGUUUUUGAGCGAAGCGGUGUGGUCUUUGUCAUCAACCUGCACCCAACACAGAGCUUUCCUGACUAUCGCAUUGGCGUUCACGAGCCAGGCGUCUACAAGAUUGUUCUCAACUCGGACGAGGCCAUCUUCGGAGGCCAUAGUCUUCUGCAACCGGAAACGGAGUUUUUCUCCGAGCCACACUCGUACGCUGGCCGUGCCAAUUCACUCUUAGUCUAUAUUCCCUCCAGGGUCGGCAUUGUGCUGGCUCGAGUGCGCUAA